AUGAAAGCGAUCUUACAAAGAGUGACAUCUGCCUCGGUUACUGUUGAUAAACAGCUCGUUUCGUCGAUUGGCCGUGGAGUGCUGGUGUUUGCCGCUGUCGGGCCAGAUGAUACCCAGAAAGAUGCAGAUACCCUAGCGGCCAAGCUGUUGAAGCUGAAGAUGUGGCCUGAUGAAACCGGGGCAAAUUGGAAGAAGAACGUGCAAGACAUCCAGGGGGAGGUUCUCUGCGUGUCACAAUUCACGCUGCUUGCUACUUUGAAAAAAGGCAAUAAGCCCGACUUCCACAAAGCAGCAGAUCCUAAGACGGCUCGAGAGCUGUAUGAGUACUUCCACUCAAAGGUGCAGAAUUUGUACACUGCAGAGCGGGUUAAGGACGGAGUUUUCCAAGCCAUGAUGGAGGUAGGUUUAGUCAACGAUGGACCGGUCACGCUCGAGAUCGACACAAAUCCAGCAAAGAAGGAAGACAACGCCAGUGCCAGUGCCAGUGCCAGCUAG